UACUGUUAAAAGCGGCGUUAAACCAAACUCAAUCACUCACUUGAAUAUCAGCAAGCAGAUGAAAAGGUGAACAAAUGACAUUUGACCUGAUUAUACUUGUAAACCUUGUGGUAUCGCAUGAGUAUUAUCUGCCUGUCGAAACGCGUAGGGCAGUGUGUUAUCACCUACGUAACCAUCACCUGCAUAGGCACAUAUACUCGGCCUGUCUGACGACCAAUGCAGUUUUUACUACUCUAACAUGGGUGUUCUGGGGACAUAUAUUUGGUUGGUUCUGCUAUACACAUGUAGCUGUCAGUAUACUUACCCCGUGGACGACACACCCGGACUAGGCCGGGUAUUCAAUGGAAUUGGUGCCAUCAGCGGCGGAGGGGCUACAUCGAAACUGUUGGUCGGCUACCCACAACAGCAAAGAGAUGAAAUCAUGGAUUUCCUGUUCACCCCGAACUUUGGAGCAUCACUUCAUAUUUUCAAAGUUGAGAUUGGCGGCGAUGCCCAAAGCUCUGAGGGUACGGAGGCCACACACAUGAGGAGUCCCGAUGACCAGAAUUACAACAGGGGCUACGAAUGGUGGAUGAUGAAAGAAGCCAAGAAACGUAACCCUGACAUCAAGCUAUACGGACUUCCAUGGGGGUUUCCAGGCUGGCUUGAAGAUCCUAUCGCCAGCGUGUAUGGUCAGCCAGAGCGUACAGCUCAGUAUAUAGCCAACUGGGUGAUCGGGGCCAAGAAGUACCACAACCUCACAAUAGAUUACAUUGGGUGCUGGAAUGAAUAUUUGUACAACACAACAUACAUCAAGACGUUAAGGAAAGUCCUAGACAGCAAUGGUCUCCAAGACACGCUCAUCGUAGCUGCUGAUUACUUCAAAUGGGACGACUUCGCAAAUGAUAUUUUGAAUGAUCCUGAACUUGACAAAGCUGUCUAUGCCAUGGGAGUACACUAUCCUCACACUAACAGUACUCCUCUGGCACAAAAAAUGGGGAAACCUCUGUGGGCCUCGGAGGAUACGUCUGACAGAGGCGUCGCUAACUGGAACCGAAACUACGUAAACGGGUACAUGACAAGCACCAUCGUUUGGUCAAUUGUGUGUAGCUGGUAUCCCAUGCUGCCUCACUUCGUGUCUGCCCUCAUGCUGGCCAAUGAGCCAUGGAGUGGACAUUAUGAACUCUAUGACUUCUUGUGGCUUGCAGCUCAUACUGGGCAGUUUACGAAGCCCGGGUGGAUCUACCUGAAGCACGGAUAUGGGGUGGGGAACCUGGUGAAAGGAGGCAGCUACGUCUCUCUGGUCAGUCCGGACAAGAAGGACCUUACAAUCAUCGUUGAGAAAAUGCACCAGGAGGACGGCCCUGCAGACAUAGGGAUGGAGACUAUCACAUUUCAUAUCCAAGGGACCUUUGCACACAUUACUCAGCUCAACUGUUGGAAAACAUUUCUCUCCUCUUAUCCAGGCGAUUAUCAGAAUUUCAUGAAAGAAUUUCCUAUUCAGGUUGUAAAUGGAAUCUUUAAUCUGACUAUCUACCCGGCAACAACCUUCACCCUGACGACGUUGACUACGGGAAAUAAAGGCGAACACCCGAAGCCCCCAGAUUCCGCCCCCUUUCCUCUCUCCUAUACGGAAGACUUUGAGAAGUAUGAGGAGGGUGAAGAACCCUAUUAUCUGGCCCCACAGACUGGGUCGUUUGAGGUCAAGGACGUUGGAGGCGCUCAUGGAAAGGUCAUGAGACAAAUGACCUUGCAGAAACCUGUAUCCUGGUGUCAAGCAGAUUUUGUUGAGAUGGGCGUAGCCGUUGUUCAGACUGGCUUCGAUAGUGACGUCAUUGAGUGUGACAUUAGAGUGGAAUCCGGAGCGCAUGCUUCUAAGGGAGCUUUCAUCGCCGCCCGCCUGGACCAAGGAGGAUGCUGGCUUACAGAGGCCAGGGGUGUCUUCUUCUUCAUCUUCCCCCAGAGCAAUAUAUUUAUGGUUACUACCGGAGCUGACAUGCAAACGGUCUUGGCAUCCGGAAGGAUGCUUGUCGAUCUGGAGUGGAACACAGUGUCACUCAAUCUCGUGGAUACUCAGGCAGUUGGUUUCAUAAACGGCAACAUGAUGUUCAACAUUACUGUGCCAUCUGAUAUCAAAUAUGGCAUGGCGGCGGUAGGAUCGGGGUCAUAUGGUUACGCCGACUUCGACAACUUGAAGAUAGCAGUACCAUUUAUGUAGUUCAUAUGAAUAAAUGAAUAUCUUGAAACGAA